AUGAGGUUCCUCUUUUCUUUCCUAUUCGCCCUGUUCUUCGCCCAUGGGGUGAUUUCGGUUCCGACAGCCCCUCAACGGAAGGGCAGGUCCUACAAAGUUGAGCGGGUCCGACGUGGGAAUGACGCUAUUCACGGCCCUGAAGCCUUGCGCAAGGCGUACCGGAAGUACGGGAUCAUUCCCACCAACUUGGGUCUGGACCUAACGGACUUUGAGCCAAUCCACGUGAAGCAUGUCACCACCAACAACAAGCAGGUUGACGAACCCGAAUCGGGGGCUGUCAGUGCUGUGUCCGUGCAGGGUGAUGCUGCAUUUGUGUCUCCAGUUCUUGUCGGAGGCCAGAAGCUGGUCCUCAAUUUCGAUACCGGAUCCGCCGACUUCUGGGUCAUGAAUUCGCGACUGCCCAAAAGUGCGCAGGAAGGCCGCACGGUGUAUCACCCCUCGAACUCGUCCACAUUUGCCGAGAUCACCGGAGCCACGUUCAACAUCUCUUACGGCGAUUCUUCUUAUGCGUCUGGCGGCGUGGGCACCGAACACGUCAACAUCGGCGGUGCCACCGUCAAGAACCAAGCCAUCGGUAUCCCGGACGAGGUCUCCGACUCCUUCAUCGAAGACACCUACUCCAACGGUCUCGUCGGAUUGGGCUUCUCGUCACUCAACACCGUCAAGCCGAAGAGCCAGAAAACGUUCUUCGAAAAUGCCGCCGAGACCCUGGACGAGCCCGUUCUGACCGCCGCCCUGAAGAGCGACGGCGUCGGCGAGUACGAAUUCGGCGUCAUCGACCACAAGAAGUACACCGGCGAGAUCUCCAACGUGACGGUGGAUUCUUCCAACGGAUUCUGGGAAUUCGAAACGGCCCACUUCCUCGUCGGUAACGGAACCCUGCAGGACAUCAAGGAGACGCCCACCGCCAUUGCCGAUACCGGUACUUCCCUCAUGCUGCUCGACCAGGCCGUGGUGGAUGCCUACUACGACGAGGUCCCCGGUGCCAUCUUUGCCAGCAGUGCUAGCGGUUACAUCUACCCCUGCGAUGCCGACCUCCCCAGCCUUUCCAUCGCCGUCGGCUCCAAGCACCUGGCCACCGUUCCUGGCCAUCUGAUCGGAUUCUCCGAGGUUGGAACCAACCGAACCACGGGCGAGAAGGUCUGCUACGGCGGCAUCCAAUCCAACCAGGGCAGCUCGAUGCAGAUCCUCGGCGACGUAUUCCUCAAGGCGUUCUUCGUGAUCUUCGAUCUCCGGGGCCCUUCUCUGGGUCUUGCGUCUCCCAAAUAA